AAAAGGUCAAUUGAAUUCCUUUCUAUAGUUACUAGUCAGUGGCCAAUAAGUGAACUGCAUUUUUCGAGUGCGUGCCUUUGUGUGAUUGUAUUUAGUGAAAAUGCGGUUAUUGGUCAUAAUGUCCCUCUUUGCCCUGUCGUUGGUCGCCGCACGGCCCGACGCAUCCAAAUACCCCAGCAGAUACGAUACUGUAGACCUCGACAUGAUCGUGAACAACAAGAAAGUGCUCGAGUCGUACCUCAAAUGUGUGCUUGACGAAGGUAAAUGCACACCAGAAGGCAAGGAACUUAAAGCACACAUAAAGGAGGCAUUGGAAACAUACUGUGCCAAAUGCACAGAACCACAGAAAGAAGGUACUCGCUUUGUGAUCGGCCAUCUUGUCAAGAACGAGAAGGAGUGGUGGCGAAAGUUGUCCGACAAAUACGACCCUGAACGCAAAUACGUCACCAAGUAUGAGGCCGAGCUCAAAUCUAUAUCGUAGCCGGAAUAGGUUAUCGCUUCUGUGUAAAUAAAUGUCAAGCUGUA